GCCUCCUUCUCUCCCGCUCCGAGCUGGUCAUAUAGAUGUUUUCGUCGGGCGUUUAUCCACUGGAUAUGGCUUGUGUCGGGGUGCGCAAUUGUUGUGGCAUAUUCCUCCGCGGAUUCGCCGUUGAGAUUGAAGCGUGAGAUGAUUCCGACUGCAUCUUACUUCAGAAGUGUAUUAAAACAACUGAAUGCGUGUACCGCCGUCGCCCGCUUUGUCCGUUUCCCCUCCCCUUUGAAUUCGUUUCGUCGCUUAGUCAUAUCUCAUCUCCGGUUUGAACACGAAUACUGCACAUGUACUGUACGUCUAUCGGUAUCUGCAUAAGCGGAAGAAGGAGAGUUGAGUGCCCUAUGUUGCAGGACUCGAGCCAUGAUUCGUUUUUUGGAUGAUGAGUAUUUGCGGGAA